AUGACUUGUGUUAUGGCUCAGCUCUUUGCAUUGUCAAUCUUUGAUGCAUAUGAUAUGGUGUAUGCUCGACUUGCAGUCAUCCUCACAUGCUAUGCUACCACUGAGCAAUCUUCCUUUGUGGCACUUCUCUGCUACCGUUUGGAUCUGUUCUCCAAGAGGGUUCAAUACAACCUGUUCACAAUUGCUGCUAUCCAGUCCUUCAUUUUCAAGUCUACCAUUGCCAUCGUUUCCUUGGUGUACUUUUGUGUGACCUUUUAUAUUCAGGGAGAAGCUGAUGAUCAACCAACCAAUUGGAAAUGGUUCUGGAAGAUCUGCUUCAUUCCUUUGGUGAUUGUCCUCUUUGGUGCUCAGGUAUACUCAAGCCAAAUCUUGUGGACGUUGCGGUCGAAAUGCAUCUGCGCUGACAACCAAGAGGCUGAUGAGGAGAAUUCACUUGCGGGGGAUGAAUCGAGCAAGAGCACCCAACUAUCGAACACGUGCAUGGAUGAAUCAAGACACCAUCUUACUGGCAUUGAGUUCGAAAUCCAUGUAUAG